UUUUUUUCGAUAAAAUAUUUACUCCAUUUCCGUUUUAUUUAUUUUAAUUUUUCAUCAAUUUUUAUUUUUAAGAAAAUAUAUAAAUUUUUAGACUAUCCAAUAAUUCUUAAAAAUGCCGUUGACUUGCUCAGAUUGUCCAAAGUUGUGUUGCUCUUUGAUUAUUCCGCCAAUCGGUGUUUGGAUAGAAAAAGGCUGUUCAGUUCAUUUGCUCGCCAACAUAAUACUUACACUUUGUGGCUACUUUCCUGGAUUAAUUCACGCAAUAAUUAUUAUUUGUUAUUACUAGAAUGUAAAAGGGAAAUUCAA